GAGAACUUAAGCAUAAGAAACUUCAGGCUGUUUGAAGGAGACAUGAUUCUCUCAAAAGACCAGCAGGAAAGAGCGGAAGAAGAGUUAGACAUUGAUGGUUCUCGUCAUAAAAGAGCCACGUCGAGAUCAAGAUUGUGGCCAAGAGGAGUCGUAAAAUAUAAAAUCGAUGUAAACCUUGGUAAGUUCUUUAGAGAGUUUGCCUGAUCGCUCGAAAAUGUUCACUAAUCCCCAGACCACCAUUAUGAUUAAACCAGGAGGUGAAAGGAAAGUAAGAGAACCAUGAUGUCAUACGAGAUGACGGAUUUGUUCACAUCAGUUCGUCUCUGAGCGUUCGGGACCCCAUAUUCUGUUGAAUAACUAUUUUGGAUAGAAUAUUUUCUUUAUUAGAACAUCCUCCCAAACGGAUUGUACGCAAAAUCUUAAGGGAAAAUUGUCACUCCUCCCAAGUGUGCUCUUAGCUUAAAUAUAUAAGUUAAUCAAUCAACCAAUCGAUCCUUUAAUGCAUCAAUCUAUUAAUUUAUUGAUCGACUGAUCAAGUUAUCUCUAAUUAGAGCGAGAAUUUUUUUUCAAUGAAAAGUUAACGUUGUGAACCUUACCAUGAAUUGACCAGAACUUGACUUUCCUUUAAGGGAAAUUCAGUUCGUUGGUCAAUGUCCGUAAAAAUGUUUUAAUCACCAACCAAAAAUUACUUUUAGGUCGAAAAUCUCCAGCUAUGACUGCUAUUAAAGCAGCAGUGGCGGAAUAGAGGGCAAAAACUUGCAUCCGGUUUAAUAAGAGAACAAACGAAAAAGCUUACGUCCUGUUUCGGUAAAGCAAUCGGUAAGUAGGAAUACGUAGUAAUCACUAUAGUAAAUAGACGUAAAGUCUAAAAAUCAUUGCACGUCCAGAAAUUCUUUCAUCUCCGUAAAUAACAGUAUAUCAUAUAUGUGAUUUUCAUAUAUUUACAGUCAAUUACAUUUGGAACCAACAUAACCACCAGUUCCCGGUCGGCUUGUAUUCAGCUUGGUUAGUAGAGCGCUGCACCAGUAUCGUUCAAAUCCCGCACUGGCCUGAAUUUUUUUCUAGUCUUACUUUCACUACUGCUUAAGUAGUGUUCAUUACUGCAAAGAUCGCUUCCAUAUUCAUAACAUUCUCACUAUUACUCACUGUUUUCAGAGCUUUCUUACCGACACUGAAAUACAUCAGUUUUGUCAUCAAAUGUGUCUUAUGAAGUGUACGAAAAUUUAAUAUUAAUAAUAAUUAAUAAUAAUGAUUUAUUGCAGAGUAUCCAACAAAGUGAGGUUCUUCAUCUACAAUAUCUACUCUAUGAAUAAACUCUAAAAAAGAAGAAUAUACAUAUUGUCAAGAAGAAAGUACCGGACUGGUGUGCCGUACGAUUAGCGCGCGCUGAGACAUUUAUAUUUGACCAGUUCGUCAGCAAGUUACGAGUACGAUUUCUCGCGCGUGUGUUUUUUCAGUUUUAGUCGCAUUUUAGAACUAAGUUUUUGUUUUUGAGUUUGUAUUUUGAGCCGUUACCGUUUUACCGUCUUUUUACCGAUUAAACGUGCCUGCUUUUAAAGGAGAUUUUCCUUAUCGCUUCCGAACACAUAUAAAAUGUAUAUUCUUCUUGUUCUUCUUCACUACAUUUGUUGUGAAAAUCUCUCUGCUAUUCACGUAAGAUUGUGUAGGAACAUACAAAUGCACAUACUGUUGAUACGACAUCCCUGAAAUUUUAAAACACUGAAAGAAUACGCCAUCUCUAUAUAUCAGGUGUGCAUCAUUUGUGGGAAGAAUUGGCCGUCGUCAGGAAAUCUUUCUCGGACCAAGAUGUUGGUUCAAAGGAACAGUUGUUCAUGAAAUAGAUAAAUACGUUGUCAUACUCCGCCAAAGACCACAACAAGAUGGAAAUCUCCCUGAGUUUAAUUAAAGAAGUGCAGUUAAAUUUAUCCGUAAUUGUCAGCAUUUUUAACAUUCUAUCUUUAGUUAAAUAUAAAUCUGAUUGUAAAUUGUGAUUGUAAAUACUGUAGAGUUGGUUAGUUGUGUCUGAAAAGCCCCAUUAAGGAAGACCCAAUAAAGUGUGUGUAUGCAUGUACUUUAAUAUAUUUUUUUCAUUUUUCCUUCAUUUACACGUACUUUGUUAAUUUUCCCUACAAUGAUGAUUUUGCCUGAUCAGUGUUGUAAAGUGUUUAUUUCCGAUAAUCAGUAUUCAGUUUUAAUAAUGAAUGAUGAUAUUGCACUUAAUGGACGAAAUCCAGGCUUGUGGUUCAUUUUUUAAUUGGCCUAAACUGUCAGUAACUUACCAAAACACUAAGAUCCUGCUCAAUUUGGGAAAAAACUAGGUUCUUGUAGGGGUGGUUUCAUUGUAUCGCCUGAGUGGCUGUUACAAUGAAAAGUUUUAGAGCGACAGUGACAAUUCUUUCCAAGCUGGCAUUCUUAAGCUAGUAGUACCUAUUAUAUGGCUUUUGGUCUAUAAAGUAUUAUUUCUUUCAGGGCAUGCAAUUGGAUUUUAUCAUGAACAGUCUCGACCUGAUAGAGACUCUUACAUCAAAAUACAGUAUGAAAACAUUCGCUCAGGUAAGCAUUGAAUUUCGAUAAUUUCCAAGUGAUAGUUGUACCAAUUUUCUUUUACUUGUUCAAUGUAUUUUUCACGCAAAGAGUGAAUGCAUUCCGUUUUUUAGUCCCUGUCGAUGAUUUUCCUUUUCAGGAGCAAAGAAAAAUUUUCACAAGUACCGGCGAUCGACAAUUGAUUCACUUCUCACGCCAUAUGAUUAUGGAAGUGUAAUGCAUUACAGAAGUAAAGCUUUCAGCAAGAAUGGAAAGCCAACGAUAAUUGUUAAAAAACACGGGGUAUGUUUUGCUAUUGUCGUCUAGAUUCCUUUGUCGAAAUAUCUUUAUCACUGCAUAAUUGUUCAUGCAAAGAAUUGCAUCAACCUGCUUGAUUACAUACGUAUCUGUUGCUUAUUCUGGGCUUAACGCCAUACUCACUAUAUUUCACGAAAUAGACAGCGAGAACUGUGAAUAUCUGAGAAAUUGCGGACCCACCCCUCCCCUAACUGAACAUUAACCCUAACUUGUUGACAGCAAAUCAGAUUGUGCCAUUUGUGAUAGAUUAAUACCGAUUGACAUGUCAUCUUAAAUAUUCUGACAGGCUAAGGCAAAAGUAGAAUUGAACUCUACCGAUCCCUUUUUCAGGUAACCAUUGGUCAGAGACGACGUUUAAGUCCGAUUGAUGCUCAGCAGGCGGACCUUAUGUACAAAGCAGAGUGUAAACGGAGGGCGAAAGUAAAAGGACGGGGAGAGAAAGGUAAAACCAACACAAAAGCAAAAUUUUCAAAUAGCUAG